GUGGGAUAAAAGAAAAGCAGAAGACAGCAAACAAUGAAAUUUGUUUUCAUCCUGCUCCUGGAAAACCCACAGUUUACGUUGAAGCUAACCAGCAUCAUGAAUCUGUGGCUAAGCAGUCAUCUUCUGUUUGCAGCACUCUUUCUAAGCAGCUCCGCUCUGACGCCUGAAGAAUGCCAACCACUGAUUACACCUCUGUCUCUGGUCAAUUCUUCUGUGAUACAUGGUAAAUUCAAGUUUCUCGUCGGCUUCACUGAUCAUGAGGCCUUUAAAGCUGUCCUGAAGGCAACCGACAGCGGCUGGCUGAACAUCAGAGAGUCACCAACCAACACCAGUGAAGUUAUUAUGUCUCAGGAGAACAAGAUAAAUGGAACCUGCCUUAGUUCAAGAGCAAACGCCACCAUUGAAAACAACACUAUAACUGCAAGACUUAUCAACGUCACCUCGAUGGUUCAUGUGCUGCCAAGUUGUGACAGUUGUCUGGUUCUUGAUAUUAAUUCCACUUUAAAAAACAGCAAAGACUUCCUCCAGGUCAUGAGAAUCAGUGACCCGACUGAGGCUAAUGAGAUCCAAGCUCGUGCUCUUUAUCUUUUCGGUAGCGAGUUGACCCUGAAGGACUCUGAUCUGGAACAUUUCAAGAAGCAGGCGAGCUGCCUCGGCUUCUCUGGAGAACUAGAUUUCCACUUUGACGCUAAGAAAAGUUUCUGUGAAGAAGGCAAAGGCCUCAAUAUGUUUCAGUAGAUCAUUUUAGGGGAGAUAGAAGGGAUACCAUUCUCUCUUCUCAGUCAAAGAGUGAUCUGACAGGACUACAUGCACAUUUAAAUCUGUUGCUUCUGCAAAUAAAUGACUAAAAUAU